AUGUCGAUCGAAGAACAUAUCGAACGUCAAAACGACUACAUUUGGCGCAUCUCUCGUGCCGUCGACAACCUGCGCAAGCUCGGCGAGGCAAAAAUCACUUACGGGCAGGUGAAGUCGCGGCUUAAUGCUUCAAAUUCAAGUUGGAAUAAGUUCCAAGAGAAUCACGAAAAGAUCAGCGAGAUCAAGUUCGCAGCAAAAGGUGAUCAACUCGACGCGAUCAAAAAGCUUUCGUACUUCGCGAAAGAUUAUUACGGGCUGUGUGAAGAGCACUUCUUGAGCGGCGAAGGGGUGAUGCUUGAUCUUCUCGAAUCGCUAAAGCCUGCGUCUGCAGCAACCGCGCAAGCCGCUGCAGCUCCUCAAGACGCACCAGCAGGAGGAUCAUCAAGACGGUUACCGCGUAUCGAACUGCCCACUUUCGCCGGCAGCUACUCAGAAUGGAAGCCGUUUCACGACCUCUUCUCGUCGAUGGUUCGCGAAAAUUCGCAACUUUCGGAAGUGGAAAAGCUGCACUACCUCAAAACCAGUGUGACCGAUGAACCGUUACAACUGAUCAAAAACAUUUCCCUCACAGCAGAAAACUUCCCUCGAGCUUGGGAAACUCUCGUCUCACGAUACGAAAACAAGCGGCUUCUGACUGAUUCUCAUCUCGCGACACUUUUCGCGAUUCCUCGUGUCACUAAAAAAUCAUCAUCGGAACUAAAGAGCUUGCACAGCAACACUUGCGAAGCUCUUGGCGCGCUCGAACUUCUCGAUAGUCCCGAGAAAUUAGAGGAUCACAUCAUCGUGCACAUGACGAUUCGCAAGCUCGACCCAGCAUCUCUCGAAGAGUGUGAGAAAAGUGUUAGCGAGAAACUCGAGCCCCCCACGUUUGCGGAGCUCAAGGCGUUUCUCAUCGGUCGCAUCCACACCCUCGAAGCCGUGGAGCAAGCUCAUGCUCACAAUCAAAUCGCGACGUCGAAACCGCACUCAUCGCAAGGAAGGUCAAAUCUUCAGACGACAAGGUCACAUACAGCGCAAUCAAAUGAACAGUCGUGUGCUUGUUGCAAAGGCAACCACUACAUCGCGUUCUGUUCGACCUUUCGCGACAAAUCUCUGGAUCAAAGAAGGGAAGUGGUUUCUGCGAAAAAGCUUUGCUUCAAUUGUCUCGGUCCACAUCAGCAGAAGGACUGUCGAUCCAACAAAACGUGUCGCGUGUGCAACGGUCGACAUCAUUCCUUGCUGCAUCGAAACUCUUCUUCAAUCUCGACAGCUGCCAACAGCGGCACAUCUCAAGGACAGGCCGCAGUAGCGCAACCUGCAGUGCAGAACGCACCGAUCUCGAACAGCGCCUCUCAGGUGAGCAACCACUCAGCUCAGCCUACAAUGAUCAAGCGCUCUCCAGUUCUUCUCGCCACAGUGCAAUUGAUCGCUUCGAAUCCGGAGACUGGAGAAAGAAUCAUCGCUCGCGCUCUACUCGAUCAAGGAUCCGAAAGUUCAUUCGUCACGGAGUCGCUAGCGCAACAAUUGCGACUACGUCGGCAUCAAGCAACGAUACCGAUCAUUGGCGUCGGAGCUCAUCAAUCGGCAGUGACUCGCGGCAUCGCGACAUUGCAACUCCAAUCUCGUGCUCACACCUCGUUCUCAUGUCAGGUGGAGGCACUCGUGCUUCCACGACUCACAUCGUAUCUACCCUCAUUUCGACUUCUCGUCGAAGACUGGCCUCAUCUACGAGGACUCAACCUCGCGGAUCCAAGCUUUGCACAUCCCAGUCAAAUCGACGUAAUUCUCGGAGCUGACAUCUACAGCAACAUCAUUGGUCAAGGAGUUAGAAGAGGAGCACCAGGAACACCAAUCGCGCAAGAAACUCAGUUCGGUUGGGUCCUCUCCGGCUGCGUUUCAGAGGAAGCAGCAAGCCCCUCGUAUGGCGCAAUCCAAGGCUUCCAAUGCUCCCUCGAUCACGAACUGCUCGAUCUCGUGCAGCAGUUUUGGAAGCAGGAAGAAGUGUCGAAACCUUUGGCACUAACUUCCAAAGAAGAGCGUUGUGAGCAACACUUUCGCGAAACGGUUUCUCGAACUGCGUCCGGUCGUUACGUAGUUCGGCUGCCGCUCAAAGACAAUUCGGUAGAGCUCGGCAACUCGCGGAAUCCCGCGCAUCAAAUGCUCCUUCGUUUGGAGAAACGGUUCGGUAGCGACGCGAAACUCAAGGAGGCUUACUCGAGCUUCCUUCGUGAAUAUCGUGAACUCGGGCACAUGCGUCGCGCUAUCAAUACACCUGAAGACAAUUCCCGCGUGUUUUAUCUUCCCCAUCACGGUGUAGUUCGCGACAGCAGUUCAACAAUAAAGUUGCGUGUCGUGUUCAACGGGUCUCAAAGAACCAACCUCGGACUCUCUCUCAAUGACAAUCUUCUCGUCGGUCCAAAAGUGCAAACCGACCUCGCGGACGUUCUCUUACGCUGGCGACAAUAUCCAGUCGCGUUCUCAUCAGACAUCGUCAAGAUGUACCGACAAAUUUUGGUCCACAAUGAUGACCAAGAUUUUCAGCGAAUCCUCUGGAGGGAAGAACCAGAGCUACCGAUUGAAGAAUAUCAACUGACUACGGUAACGUAUGGUCUUGCAAGCGCUCCAUAUCUCGCGAUCCGUGUUCUUCAUCAACUCGUUCAGGACGAAGGUAAGCAGUAUCCCUUUGCGAGCCACGUCAUUCUCGAGAACACGUACGUCGACGACAUCCUCUCAGGAGCAGAGGACGUUGAUCAAGGUCGCGAGAAAAUAAACGAACUCAAUCAAUUGCUCAAGGCGGGCGGCUUUGAACUUCAAAAGUGGACUUCAAGCCACCCAGAAACUCUCGUUGACAUUUCUCGAGACCAUCAAGAGAUCGCGAUGCAUCUGAAUCUCGAUCAAAGUCCAUUCUUUCGGGCUCUCGGUCUUGCGUGGAGACCAGACAUCGACGCGUUCGCGUUCUCUCCGCAAAUUCAUCAAACUCGGGACAAUUUCACGAAACGAAAAGUUCUCUCACAAACCGCGCAGCUCUUUGAUCCUCUCGGAUGGCUCUCGCCGAUCACGAUCAGAGCCAAAAUCUUUAUGCAGGAAUUGUGGGCACUCGGUUUCGACUGGGACGAGCCGCUCUCAACUUCAUUAUCCUCGCGAUGGAUCGAGUUUCUACAAGAUCUUCAAGGCAUCUCAGCUAUCACCAUCCCACGAUGGAUCGGGUCAAGUUCAGCAUCUCUCGGGAUAGAGAUCCACGGUUUCGCGGACGCCCCUCAAAGUGCAUUAGGCGCAGUGAUCUACGCGCGAACGUAUAUCAACACUCACGAAGUGCGCGUUUCACUAGUGUGCGCGAAAACUAAAGUAGCGCCGCUAAAGAAAACCUUCGGACCAUCCUGGCUCUCGAAGCCUUCUGUCAAUUGGCCAUCCUUAUCUCCGCGACCGGAAGAAAACAUUCAUCUCGAGGAAAGAAAAGGGCUGUCGACGCACAUCGCAACAGCUAAGCCGCUACAAAUCUGGGAUCUCGUCGAUCGCUACUCAAAACUAUCGACUCUCCUCAAAGUCACAUCAUUCUGUAAACGCGCAGCAAAUCGGUUCCUCGCGAAGACGACAUCGAAUCGCGUAAACACGUCUAUCACUGUCGGACCAAUCUCUACUCUCGAAUUGAGCGACGCUCAACUGUUUUGGACCAAGGUGACCCAGCAGGCGUACUUUGCAGAAGAAAUUCACCAAAUCGAGACAAGCUCAAGUCUCACUCGAAGUCAUCCACUAUCGCGACUCACGCCGUUCAUCGAUUCGAACGGAUUCCUCAGAGUCGGUGGUCGACUGAAUCACUCAUUGCUUUCGUAUGACGAAAAGCACCCGUUCAUCUUGCCUCGCGAAUCAUCGUUCUCCACAUUGAUCAUCGAUCAUCAUCAUCGGUUGACGCUCCACGGAGGUCCGCAACUCACUCUCGCUACAAUCCGACAGCGGUACUGGAUCCUGGGAGGAAGAGUACCGAUCCGCAUGUUCAUACAUCGUUGCGUUCCUUGUGCGCGUCAUCGCGCCACCCUCAGCAGCCAACAGAUGGGCCAACUCCCUCAGUCUCGAGUCACGCAAUCAAGGCCGUUUCUUCACUCUGGCGUUGACUACGCUGGUCCAUUCUCGAUUCGAGCCUCCCGCGGAAGAGGAGCGAAAUCAUGCAAGGGAUAUAUCGUUAUCUUCAUCUGCUUCACGACCUCGGCUGUGCAUCUCGAGCUAGUUUCGGACUACACGACGGAGGCAUUCAUCGCGGCGUACAAACGCUUCACAUCUCGACGAGGAAUUUGUGCCUCAAUCGCAAGCGAUUGUGGAACGAAUCUCGUCGGCGCAGACUCAGAACUUCGCCGUCUUCUCGCUGCAUCGUCAAAGGAGUUCGCAGAAAUCGCAAACACCCUCGCAUCACACGGAACCCAGUGGCGGUUCAAUCCUCCCUCCGCGCCUCAUUUCGGUGGAAAAUGGGAAGCCGGAGUGAAAUCAGUCAAAUUUCACCUCAAACGAGUCAUCGGAGAAGCUACUCAAACGUUCGAGCAAUUCGCGACGUUCCUCACGCAAGUAGAAGCCACGCUUAAUUCUCGACCUCUUUGCGCUAUCUCGGACGAUCCACGGGAUCCAAGAGCUCGAAAGAGCGUGAAAUCGAAUCAAAUAUUGUAUGUCGUGCGAAACGAAGGUCCGCCGAUUAUUGGCCGAAACUGGAUGUCAGAUUUGAAAAUGUGGCCGCUGACGUUUCACCACGUAACCGAAGAUCGCGAAAAGGGGGGCAAGAUCCAAACAAAGUAG